UGGUCGCCUACCUUUUCGUUCCCUUGACAAGCAAAAUAGUACUAGGUAGAGUUUGGACGCAAGAAAAGAAAAGAACCGUACAUAAUCUUAAAAUGGACACCCCGAAGAUUAUCGAGGACCGAUCCGAAAGAUCCGAUGGGAAGAUUAUGAAGAUGGAGGUUGACUACAGCUCAACUGUAGAUCAGCGUCUCCCCGAAUGCGAGAAAAUGGCGAAAGAGGGCAAGCUGCAGGAGGCAAUUGAGAGUUUGUUGUCACUGGAGAAGCAAACCAGAACGGCGUCAGACAUGGUGUCCACCUCUAGAAUCCUUGUGGCUGUGGUCCAGAUGUGUCAUGAAGCCAAGGACUGGGAUGCCCUGAAUGAAAACAUCAUGUUGCUCACAAAAAGGAGGAGUCAGCUGAAGGGGGCUGUUGCCAAGAUGGUGCAAGAAUGUUACAAGUACGUGGAUACGGUGACCGAUCAGCCCAUCAAGCUGAGACUUAUCGACACACUUCGCACCGUGACUGCUGGCAAGAUCUACGUAGAGAUUGAGCGUGCCAGGCUGACAAAGACCUUGGCAAAUAUCAAGGAGAAGAACGGAGAGGUCAAAGAGGCAGCUGCCAUUCUUCAGGAGCUGCAGGUCGAGACAUAUGGCUCUAUGGAGAAAAAGGAGAAGGUGGAGUUUAUCUUGGAACAGAUGAGGCUUUGCAUCGCUGUGAAGGAUUACAUUCGCACCCAGAUCAUCAGCAAGAAGAUAAACACCAAAUUCUUCCAAGAGGAGGGCAAUGAGGAGUCCAAGCUGAAGUAUUACGACCUGAUGAUUCAAGUUGACCAGCACGAGGGCUCCUACCUGUCUAUCUGCAAACAUUACCGGGCCAUCUAUGAUACCCCCUGCAUCUUGGCGGACAGCAGCAAGUGGCAACAGGCCCUAAAGAGUGUGGUGCUCUAUGUGAUUCUUGCUCCUUACGACAACGAGCAGUCAGACCUUGUGCACAGAAUCAGUGAGGACAAGAAAUUGGAAGAAAUCCCUAAAUACAAGGACCUUCUGAAACAGUUCACCACGAUGGAGCUGAUGCGCUGGGCUGCCCUGGUGGAGGAUUAUGGGAAGGAGCUGAGAGAGGGCUCACCUGACAGCCCCGCCACAGACGUCUUCUCUACUUCAGAAGAGGGGGAGAAACGGUGGAAAGAUCUGAAGAACAGAGUUGUGGAGCAUAAUAUCAGAAUAAUGGCCAAAUAUUACACCAGAAUCACAAUGAAGAGGAUGGCUGGACUCCUCGACCUCUCUAUUGACGAAUCCGAAGAGUUCCUCUCCAGCCUAGUUGUAAACAAGACCAUCUAUGCCAAGGUGGACCGGCUGGCAGGCAUCAUCAACUUCCAGAGGCCCAAAGACCCCAACGACCUGCUCAACGACUGGUCGCACAAACUCAACUCUCUCAUGUCCCUUGUCAACAAGACCACGCAUCUUAUUGCCAAGGAGGAGAUGAUCCACAACCUGCAGUGAAACAACAACGUAGUGCAUUAUUCUAUGUUUUGGUUCAUAUUUGUUUCUGUUUCUUUUCCUUCUGUGGGAAUGUUUUUUGAAUAUACAGUAUAUUGGGGGACAGUAAUCGCAGCGCUUUUACAAUGUCAUAUAAUUGGAUAAACAUCUGUAGCACAUGCGCAGCACCCCGACUUUGUUCAUUUUUUUUACUAUCAAGUAAAACAUUGACAAUAAAUACAUGAGCACCUCCCUGGCAGUGUCUGGAUCUCUAAAUAUAGUUGCCUUUAUAAACAGUAGAUUACAAUGUAUUACUGUGUGAUAUAACUAUAACUAUAAUCUCUAAAAAUGUAAACAAUAAACUCCUCACAUUUGGUUAA